AUGACUUUAGCCCAAGAUAAGGACCAUGAAGUUCGUAACUUUGAUGAACUGUUGUGGAACGAGUCUGGUUUUUCCCCUUCCGAAGAUGGUUCCUUUGCAGACCCACUUGAUGUCCCACAAGACCCUCUAGAAAAUUUGGAAUGGUACCCUAAUCUGUAUGAAGACUUGGACUUUGGUUCAAUUCUCAAGAAUGAUUCCAAGUUCAUUGACACUGAUGUAGAAGAAAGUUUCGAAACAAAGGCUAAACUGGAGCAACCAGGUAAGGGAAAAACACAACAAAAUUUGUCUUCUGAUUUGUCAAAUAUUCAGAUCAACCCUAAUUUAUACGAAGACUUGGACUUUGGUUCAAACCAGAAGAAUAAUUCCGAGUUCAUUGACACCGAUGGAGAAGAAAAUUUUGAAACAAAGGCUAAAUUCGAGAAACCAGGCAAGGAAAAAACACAUCCAAAUUUGUUGUCUGCUUUGUCAAAUAUGCAAAUCAACCCUAGUUUAUAUGAAGAAGACUUGAAAUUUGGUUUAAAUCUGAAGAAUAAUUCCCAGUUCAUUGACACUGAUGGAGAAGAAAAUUUGGAAACAAAGUCUAAAUUCCAGCAACCUGGCAAGGAAAAAACACAACAAAUUUUGUUUGCUGAUUCGUCAAAUAUCCAAAUCAACCCUAAUAGUCAAAAGAAGUCAAGUUUUGUUCCGAAGCAGCCUAGAACAAAAAAAUCUAGAAGAAGACGGAUACUUAUAUUUGGCGGAUUAUGGUUACCGUCUAAAUCUGGGGUAGAUUAUCAGGAUUCAAAGCCAAAUCAAAGUAAUAUUAUUACGGAGAAAAGUUGUAGUCAUUGUGAGAGCAAACAUACUUCUCAAUGGAGGGCUGGUCCUUUGGGGCGAAAUACUUUAUGCAAUGCCUGUGGUUUGCGAUACAAGUUAGGAAGGUUGUUACCAGAGUAUAGACCUGCUGCAAGUCCAACUUUUGACGUCAAGAAGCAUUCAAAUUUUCACAAGAAGAUACCUCAAAAUAGAGGAAAAAAUAUCAGUUAG